CAAGUUCAAUUUUUUGGGAUUCCCUCCCACCCCCAUCACAUCUUGUUCUUUUACUUACCAGUUGUGACUAUUUAACCCAGUUUACCUCUCCUUUUCUCGCUUCUGCGGCGCGCAGCGUAUCAUACCGUGUCUUCCGCGUCUUCCUCUUUUCCUGCUGCAGCUCUCGGACUCUUCUCUCUCUCCCCCCUUUCUCUCUGCUUCGUGUGUUUUUAAGGUUCUGCUGUCCUGCUCUUAAAGAAUGUGAACAGUUUCCCCCGGUCAACUAUGUGGCCACAGGACGAGCUGCCCUGAACAUUCACCUCCGGUCCAGGUCUGACGCCACGGUACCUGUCCAUGGUGCUGAAACCGACGCACUGUUGCCGACGCUAGAAACAGUCAUUGCUCCUGCGUCUUCUCAUGUUCCGCAGGUGAGACCAUAUCACCGCCUUCAUCUCCCCGACGAGGUUUCUGAACUCGAAACAGGAGCCGAUCCUGUAGGAAGCAAAAAGAAUCGAUCUGUGACUCCAAGGGCUGCAUCGAUUUCAAGAGGAUCCAUCUUUACAGACUUAACAAGAAAAAAAAAAUCGGAUGCGUGGCCUAUUGUUGUAACGCAACUCAUCCUGGAGAUAUUUUAUCUAUGAAAAACCAGUUGGGGAACUGGAUGAAUAUUUUUGGUUUGUAGCGUAUCCAAAAUAAUUUGUUGGUUCGGGGAGGGGGGGCUCUUUCUUCUCUUCGGGAUAAACUGAGACUUAAACACCCCCCUCCCUAAAAUAAAACUUGUGCCGAUUACCAAAUGGUAGUUUGAGGAGGCCUCGCUCAAGACAAUGGAGGCGUCUGCCAACGGGUCCAGUUUUGGAAUCGACUCGCUACUGUCCCACAGGCCUGGAAGCCCAGUAUCCAAAGGGGACGGCAUGGUGGGGGAGUGUCGCUCGCCUCUGGAGUUCAGCCCAAGAUCAGACGUGGAGAGCGGGUGCUCGUCGCCUCCUUCGCCGAGGAGAGAAUGCGUGGAGGAGAUGGCCCAGAGACCCGGGCACGGCGCCGGCCUGCCGCAGCACCUCCAGCACGCACAGAUAUCGGCGGGGUCGCAACAGAGGACGGUGACCUCGUCGUUCCUCAUCAGAGAUAUUCUCGCGGACUGUAAGCCCCUGGCCGCCUGCGCGCCCUACUCCAGCAAUGGACAGCCGACUCAGGAGGCGGGGAGGCUGGCCUCGAAGAUAGCGGACGACUUUAUGGAGAAAAUCCACAGCAACUCGUCGUCAGAUAGUGAAUAUAAAGUGAAAGAGGAGGGGGACAGGGAGAUCUCCAGCAGCAGAGACAGCCCUCAGGUCCGGCUGAAGAAGCCCAGGAAGGCCCGGACGGCCUUCACAGACCACCAGCUAGCCCAGCUGGAGCGCAGCUUCGAGCGGCAGAAGUACCUGAGCGUCCAAGACCGCAUGGAGCUGGCGGCCUCCCUCAACCUCACCGACACACAGGUCAAGACCUGGUACCAGAACCGGAGGACAAAGUGGAAGAGGCAGACCGCGGUGGGACUCGAACUACUGGCGGAAGCUGGAAACUACUCGGCCCUGCAGAGGAUGUUCCCGUCCCCGUACUUCUACCCGCAGAGCCUGGUGUCCAACCUGGAUCCGGGAGCGGCCCUCUACCUGUACAGAGGCCCCUCGGCGCCUCCACCGGCCCUACAAAGACCCCUGGUCCCGCGGAUCCUGCUGCACGGCCUGCAGGGGGGCAGCGAGCCGCCACCUCCGCCGCCCCCUCUGCCCCCCAUGUCCGGCGUGCUUCCCAGGCCGGCACAGCAGCGAUGAGCCGGCCCCUGCAGAUUUUUUUUCUUUAUUCCUUGCACGCCGAAUUUGGCAGCUUGGAACUCGUUAGAAGAAACAACAGGAAGACAGAAAAGAUCAAAACGUGACGAACAAGAGAAAAAAAGGGCAAAACACUGUCCCGCCUUUCUCUGGUGCGAGAUGUAGGCUGACCAUGUGCACAUGCAGCUUUGUGACUGAAACUCAAACUGUCUGUGUGGAAGGACUUUUUUUUUCCUGGAACAGGAGUUUUAUUUAUUACUUAUUUAUUUUUCAACAUGAAUCAAAGCA